UGUUCCAAAAGCCUUAUUCAAACCCACACACAUCUCUCUCUCUCUCUCAAUGGAAGCUGUUCUUGUCGCCAUGUCCGUAUCCGCCACAAAACAAGACGACGAUAAAAUUUCACAUAAUCUAACCACGACGACGUCGGACGUUGAGAUCGUUACUUCCGGUAACCGUCGAAUUCCGGCACACUCGGGCGUUUUGGCUUUGGCUUCGCCGGUGCUAAUGAACAUCAUCAAGAAACCGGUACGACGUUACAGAGGCUGUGGAUCAAGAAGAGUCAUCAAGAUUCUUGGCGUUCCAUGCGACGCCGUUUCCGUUUUUAUCAAAUUCCUCUACACUUCUAGUUUGACCGAGGAUGAGAUGGAAAGAUAUGGGAUCCAUCUGUUAGCGUUGUCUCAUGUCUACAUGGUCACGCAGCUGAAGCAACGUUGCUCAAAAGGCAUCAUACAGCGGUUAACAGCGGAGAACGUAGUCGACGUUCUCCAGCUGGCUCGGCUAUGCGACGCACCCGAUGUUUACCUUCGAUCUAUGCGUCUGAUCCAUUCGCAGUUUAAGACCGUUGAGGUGACCGAAGGAUGGAAGUUUCUUCAAGAACAUGAUCCUUCCCUCGAGCUCGACAUUCUCCAGUUCAUCGAUGACGCCGAAUCGAGGAAGAAAAGAAGACGACGAAACAGGAAGGAACAGGAUCUAUACAUGCAACUAAGCGAGGCAAUGGAGUGCAUAGAGCACAUAUGCAAGCAAGGUUGUACGUUGGUCGGUCCAUCUAACGUAGUAGACAACAACAACAAGUCAACGAUGAUUGCGGAGAAGUUGAAGCCUUGUAAGGCGUUCUCCACGUGCUAUGGUCUCCAGCUUUUGAUACGUCACUUUGCUGUAUGCAAGAAGAGGAGUAACGACAAAGGUUGUCUUCGUUGCAAGCGGAUGCUUCAACUCUUUAGACUCCAUUCUUCUGUUUGUGAUCAACCUGAAUCUUGUCGCGUCCCUCUUUGCAGGCAAUUUAAGAAAAGGGGAGAACAAGACAAGAAGAUGGGUGAAGACACCAAGUGGAAGCUUUUGGUGACAAGGGUUGUAACUGCAAAAGCUAUGUCUUCGUUAUGUCAGUCAAAGAAGAACAAAUGUGAAGAGGAAGCUGAAAAUUUAAUCAAAACAAAGGAGCUUUUGGGGUUUGUAGAUAAUAAUGAAGAUUAAUUUUCUUAUAAUUGUAUUAGUUAGUUGGAUUCUUUUUGUAGUAUGGGUUAGGGAACUAUCAAGAGUUAUAUGAUCCCUGUGAUCAGUUUAGAGGGUUUAGUUUCUAUGUGAGUAAACCCUUUUAAAUUGGUACAUUUGUUUGUUCACUUAAUCUCAUAAUGUUAGCAUGUAGUAUAUUAAAAUAAAUCAAUGUUCUCGAA